GUUCUCCCAGCAACCUGGACGGAUUUUGAGAAACGUUUGCAUUUUUAGCUCCUUACCCCCCCACAGAUUUUCUCCAUUCAAGUCAGCAGGAUGGCUGAGAAGGAGCUCGAAUCGCCUGGAAAACUAAAGACAUUAUUAUAGCCAGAAUUGUCUUUUUCGGAAUAGGGGGCCUAUCCGAACGGACAAUUUCUUUUUACAACUUUCCCCUCUGUGGAUAAUGGAUGGCAGAGAUUUUGGACCUCCUCGAUCCGUCCACGUACCACCUCCGUUGUUGGCGGGGCUCGCAAUGGAGUCUCACCGACUCGGAGCAGCAGCAGCAGCCGGGAGGAUCCCUCCCUCGCCCGGUCACUUGGGCGCGAGUCAUCCGCCGCCUCUCCACUCUGGAAAAUUCUUGCCAUCGGCCAUUAACCUACAUCCACACCACAGUGAUGCCUUCCCAUCAGGCUCCAGUCCCUUCCUGUCAGGUUAUCCAGGCCCCUCCCCCCUGACCUCUGACCCGGCGUACAGAUCGGCCAAUCCCAGCAGUCUGCAGAUGGCCCAGCUCUGGGCAUCACACGCUCAUGAAGGCUACCCUCCGCUGCCGAGCAGCCUCUACUCCAGCCCCUACCUGUCCCUGGGGCACCUGGAUCCUCCCUCGCUCUCCCAGCACCCGCUCUACGACUCGCAUAAAGAUGGUUUUUAUUUACCAGCCUCCUUGAGCCAGUCGCCUCUCCAUCCUCUGUCCGCGCCGCCGCCCGCCCCGUCCAGCUCAACGCCCCCCCAGAGGACGUCCCGGGACUGCGGCAGGGACCGGACCUACCGGGGGGAGAGGGACAGGGAGAGGGAGAGGGAGCGAGAGCGGUCGAGAGAGGAGCAGCGGCCACACAGCGUGGUCGACCUGACGCAAGACGGGAGGAGCGAGGAGGACCGCAGGGCGCGGAGCGGAGACCGGGAACGAGAAAGAGAAAGGGACCGGGACACGGAGAGAGACAGAGACACUUGGUCUUUCCAUCCUCACCUCCACCAGCACAAAUCGCACUCUCAGCCCUCCAUAGUGGAGGCCAGGUCCAGGCCCUCGCCUCCACAGCCCUGCCUCCCUCCAGGUGCGGGCAGGUUCCACGGACCAGAAACUGACAGAGGGGGUCGGGAUGAAGAUGGCGGCUCUCGACCCCAUCACCACCACAACUCUAACGCCAAUAACUCAAACUCUCAGUCGGACAGACAGAGGAGGAACGACUCUGUGGCCACGUCGGCCGGGACCCUCCACAUAUCUUAUGUCCUCCCCCCCGCGCUCCAGCCCUCCGUCGCCGGUCCGCCCCACCCCUCCACACCCAGAGAGCCAAUCAGAGAGCAGCGGGUCAGCGCCCCGACAUAUGUGCCUUCUGUGGAGGUUUACGACGAGCGGGCCGGGCCCAUCCAGAUCGCCUCGCAGGCCCGUGACAACAAACAGAGAGAGAGAGAGAGAGAACGAGAGCGGGAGAGAGACAGGGACAGAGAGCGAGAACGGGAGCGAGAUAGAGAUCGAGAGCGAGAACGGGAGCGUGAACGGGAGAGAGAGAGAGAGCGAGAACGGGAGAGAGACCGGGAGAGGGAGAGCUACCGGAGCCUGAUGGAUCACCCUCGACUCUCUCAGUCCGGCGAGUCCAACAAUCAAAGAGAGGAAGGUUCUGUCAUUUGUUCCAACGGCUCCGUCGGUAAACGAGGCGUGGACUCGUCGUACGCCUCCGGUCAAUCAAGGUUCAGCCCGGAAACCAGGGACAUCCCUAAACACUCACUCCGAUUGGGUAUAGAGCGGGCGGGGGCGGAGCCUAAGUGGAAUAACAUCAGCCCGUUGGCUAACUACGCCACGACUCACAUGGCCGCUCUGGCGGCCCAACACGGACACGCACUCUCCUCGCCGCACAGCCAGCCGACACACACACAGGUGUCCCACUCCCCCCACACGACUCACCGGCCCAACAACAACCCACACUCCCACAGCCAUUCCCCCCAGACACACCCCUCCCAACAUGGACAUGGGCGUGGAGGUGAGGAGGGGAGUCAGAGACGCUACCUGGACCCAUCAGCCCUCUACCGACCCGGGGGGUCGCUGGCGGGCGGGUCCGGUGGCGGAGAGCGAGGCGGGGGAGCCGGCUCAGACCCCACGGAGGUUUCGGCCAUGCAGAGUCUAAUUAAAUACAGCGGAAACUUCGGCGCUGAAGGUCCCGGGUCCUCCAGGCACGCCUCGGACGGCCGGGGGCCCUUUGGCGGUCUAGCUCACAUCGCGGUGGGGUCAGCCGGUUCGGGGGCGUUGAGGAUUCCUCCGCAGCUGAAGAGGGAGCAGGAGCGGCCGGACAGCGCCCGCUCGUUCGGCCGGGAGGGCGAGGGCGAGGUGCGCCACCCUCCGGUCGGCAUCGCUGUGGCCGUGGCCCGGCAGAGAGACAGCGGGAGCAGCGGCAAACCAACGAGCGGCGCCUCGGACACACAGAGGCCGCUGCUGCAAACAACCAUCAAAGAUGAGGAGCGGGGGGAGGACCGCGCUCGUCACCACGAUGACAGACUGCUGGCCGGCCGACUGGAGCGCGAGCAGGAGAAAGUGCUCAGAGAGUCCAAAGAGCUGGCGGAGUUCACUCAGAUGCAUCCUGCGCCUUUGUCCGGCGGCCUGACGCCCGGCAUGAUGACACCCAGCCUCAUGACCCCCAACCUCAUGGUGACGGGAGGGGCCGCGCUGGCGGGGGCGGGGCGUUGGCCUCCAGACCCCUCGACUCUGACCUCUCACCCCUGGAUACCCCGGCCCGGAGCCCCCCCAGUCUGGCUCUCCAGCGCCCCCUACAGCCUCGGUCCCUCCUCGCUCCACCAGACCCUCCCCCCGGGCUACCCCCCCUCUCUGCCAGGCUCCUUACCCCCGUCCUACCAGUUUGCCAGGGACCCACAGUCUGGACAGCUAAUAGUCAUCCCUACUGAACACCUGCCGCACUACGGGGGUGAUGUGCUGGAGCGUGGAGCCCCGGUGUGGUCGGGGGUUUACGGUACAGGCAGCUCGCUGCAGCACGCCGCCCAGCUCCAGCUCCUCUCCCAGCAGCAGAUGCUCCGGCAACAGGAGCUGCUCAUGAUCCAGCAGCACACGGCGCAGGUCCUGGAGCUACAGAGGAACGCACAGCUGGUCGAGCGUCUGAAGGCCAGCGAGCACCGGCCGGAGAUGGAGGACAAAGCAGACAAGCGGAACGCGGACCCCAAACCCAGACCCUCCUCGAUAUCUUCCCCGUCUCCCUCCCCCGUCCUGCAUCCUCGCAAACUCCCCCCUCCCUCUCGUUCGCCGACUCCCUCCACGUCCUCCCUCACCCCGCUGCCUCCGCUCCCCUCGCCGGUGACCACCCUCAAGUCGGAGGAAGGGGGGCAGAGGGUGUUGGCGCACCCGCCGACACCCCUGCCUCACCCGCCUUCACCCCGCUCGGCGUCUCCGCCCCCGUCCUCGCCACGGCGGCCUAAACAGGAAGCGGCCGAGGAAGGGGAGGUGGGACGGAGGGAGCAGACGGAGGGACAGAAGCCGACCUCUGCUUCCUUCCAGGGCAUCUACUCUGAUCUCCCUGCAGGUUACCCUUACCAGUCCAUUACUGCCCCAUUCGGCUCAGCUUUCCCCCCUUAUCACAUCCCAGCACCCUCUGGGGCAAACACAGAACAUGUCCCACCCCGCCGCUCCCGCUCUCCGCCCUCAGCUGCUCCUCUGCCGUCAGCACACCUCCACUCGAGGCUCCUGGACACCGACAUCAAGCCACAGAAACUGGAGCCGUCAAAGACGGGCUCUUUCCUCAAGCAGGAGCCCGGUGUCGAGCGGCCUCAGCUGGACGUGACGCCAGAACCUCUGGGUCCCCUUCGCCGGACCUGCAGCCCCGUCCGAGUCAUCAAGGAGAGAGAGACGGACGGGGAAGCCCCGAAACCCCAGCCCCAGCCUCCGCCACUACCUCUCCACGUCCCCAGUCCAACACCACAACAAGGGGAAAGACUGGAGGAAGUCAGAGAGGAAGAGAAGGAAGGAGGCCAAAUCAAAAUGGAAGUGUCGUCUUACCCGUGUCAGGCAGCGUAUCCUCUACCACCUCCGCUCACAGAGGCUGAGCCCAAACCGAAGGCCAUCAAGGCUCCGGAGCGAACACGAUACCCAUCAUGCAUCACUGUGGAUUCAGACAGCCAGGAGUCGGCUCAGAGGUGUGUGUCACUGGAGCAGAGCACCGGUGCUGUGUGUGAACCAGAGCAGCUCGACACUCCGAUCGACCCGCACACUCCCAGUCAGAAAGAAAGUGUUGCCGAAACCCCCGUUUACCCUCCCCCCACCCCCAGCUCUCCGCUCCCGCUGCUCAUCAGCCCCGAGGACCCCAUGGCGGGGAUGCUCGCCCUGCUGACGGCCAGCGAGAUGGCCGCCCAGGCCCGACCCAGCACCCCACCUGCCCCGAUACUCGUACCACAAAUCGACACCCCUCCUGUGGGUGAGGACUGCGGCAGCGCGGGGCCUCUGGAGAUGGUGGCGCUGGAGGGGAUGGCCCUGCUCAGCCAGAUGGCCCAGAGAGAGAUGGAGAACAUCAGCCAGGAGCAGGAUCUGACAUUGGAGGGUCUGGACUGUCUUCUCGAAGCGAGCAGACAGAUCCUGUUGGACGCCAUAGAGAAACAGUCGCACAUUGAUCUGCCCAGGACGCUGGAUCCCAACAAGAAGUACAGCUGGAGGCAGAGGAAGGAGGAGCCGCUGUAUAGUAAAAUGUCUGUGGACAUGUUGGACGCGGUGGAAGUGGAAUACCGCGUCCGCCUGGCUGAGCUGCAGAAGACGUAUAAGGAGAAGCAGAGGGAGCUGAGCAAGCUGCAGAGACGCAGGGACAAGCAUGAGCGGCAGCAGCAGGAGGAUGAGAGGCGGAGUCUCACCAGACGGGGCAGAGGACGACCCAGGAAGAGGAAACAUUUGGCCACACCUCCCAAACUGGACAGCAGGCCUGGAAAGGUGGGUAGGACGGUGCAAUACUCUGAGGACUCUGAAGCUGGGGAGGGACAGAGGAAGAGGUUCAGAGUGUCCAGAGAAGAGGAGGAGACGGAGGCAGGAAGUGGAGGAGUGAAGGUAAAGAAGAAGAAGAAGAAGAAGAAGAGCUGGAAUGACCACGAGCCGUCCACCAGUCACGCUCUGGAGGUGUUGAAGGCGAAGCGCGGCCACGUGUGCGAGCAGGAGCAGCUGGCGUCGGACCUCGACAGAGCUCUCUCGCUCUCGCAGCUCAGCUCGCUCGGCGCGUCCCGCAAACUCUCCUCCGGCAUGAAGUUAGACAAGUCGAAGGGCAAGUCCGCCGACGGUCGCGCCAAGGAGCGCGCCAUCCACUCCGCCGCCAAAGGAGGGAAACACAAGAUGACCGCCAAGGCUUCCGCCUCGGAGACCAUCCAGAAGGUGAAAGGUCAGAAGAAGAGCGCUCUCUUCUCUCCUGUGAGGUCAGAGCUCAGCAGCUGCUCCAACAACUCCGAUUCAGAGGAGCACAAUUCCGCUCGAGGGGGCUGGCCCCCUCUCUCAGGGACACGUUCCCACGGCAACCUGACCAGGAAGAGGCGGACCGCGUCGUCGCCGACGUCCCUGCUGUCCAGCCAGAAGUCUCAGAAGAAGAAACACAAGCACUUAUCCCUGCUGCUGGAGGAAGCGGGCCUCAGCUCCUCUGACGACUCCUUCGACCAAGAAACCUCGGAGGACGAGGACGACGAGGACGAAGACGACGAGGACGACGAGUCCGACUCGGAUGAUGGCGGCUGUGAGGAGAGCGGCUUGGGUCUGCUGGCUAGGUUUGCGGCGAGCGCGAUCCCUGUCAGCUCGGCCCCUUUGAGUCUCCUCCAUGACAGCAAACACCACAGCAGGCAAAGCACUCUGGGUUCAUCAGAGUGCGAGUGGUCAGACUCUGGCUCUGACUUGCGGCUGAGGAAGUUUCCCUCCCUGCUGCACGGCAAACGCUCCGCCCCAGAGCUCCCCCUGUUGCCCCCGGCAACCCGCCGCCAGUCCGACCAGUCCAGCCCCACCAAGCGGGAUGAAUCCCUGCCGGUCAAACGCAAGCCUCUGCCCAAACCACGGCCCUCACCUCGGUCGCCGCGGCGGUUCAGCUUCGACCUCGCCAGCGGCGCCGGGUUCGGAGGCUUCAGCGAGGACGAGGGCUGGAACCGACGACGCAGCGAGAGGAUUUUCCUCCACGAUGCCUCUACCUCAGCCAAUCAGAUGCCCGUGCCGGCCCCAGCUUCCACCAGUCAGAGCUGCUCCUCCUCCUCCUCUUCCUCCUCCUCCUCCUCCUCCUCCUCCAGCUCAGCUCCGCCUCUCACCCCGAAACCCACCUCCAGACCCAAACCCAGUCCGCCCGGCAGAGAGGGGAAAGACGUGGUGAGAAAGAAGAAGCUGAAGGACUCUCCUCUGCCCGUGAGCCCGUCCACUCCGCUGUGCAGUCCAAUCACAGACGGCCCCGCCCCUCUGAGCCUCAGCCCGCCACGCAAGAGCCAACCGAAAGCCAAGACCAAGGCCAGAGAGCCCUCCAGGGGAGCGGUGAGCCGGCUGAUGGAGAGCAUGGCAGCAGACGAGGACUUUGAGCCCAACCAGGACAGCAGCUUCAGCGAGGACGAACUCCUCCCACCACACAGCAACAGCGUCUCUGAGAGGUCGUCCACACCCGCUCCGGUGCAGUGUGUGUUGGAGAAGGAUUCUCUGGUGGACGGACUCAGAGUUUUGAUCCCAAUGGACGACCAACUACUGUACGCCGGACAUGUGAACACUGUACACUCCCCUGACAUAUACAGCGUGGUGGUGGAGGGGGAGAGAGGGAACCGACCACACAUCUACUGCCUGGAACAACUGCUGCAGGAAGCUAUCAUCGAUGUGAAGCCUCCGUCCGUGCGCUAUCUCCCAGAGGGAACCCGCAUCGCUGCCUACUGGAGCCAGCAGUACCGCUGCCUCUACCCCGGCACCGUCGUCAACGGAAGUUCAGAUAUUGACGAGAAUGAUGAUCUGAUCACCGUGGAGUUUGACGAUGGCGACACAGGCCGCAUCCCCCUCUCCCACAUCAGACUGCUGCCGCCAGACUACAAGAUCCACUGCGCCGAGCCGUCCCCUGCGCUGCUCGUGGCGAGCUGCUCCCGGAGGAGAGUCCGCAAAUGCAGCAAAGAGGGCAAAGAGGCGGGAACGAAGCCAGAGGACAGCGCUCCGAAGAUCAAAGGAAAACCCGGUCGCAAACCCAAACCCAAACCAGAGACCUCCGUGAACCAGGAUGGCCGGGAGAAAACCGAUCCUCCACCUUCCUCCACCCAGCCUGCAGAGAGACCCCAGGCUCCAGCGAAGCCCGCCCAGGACAGGACCUCCUCCGUCCAGAAGGCGGGUCAGGAGAAGCCCCGCCCCGCGUCCCGGCCAACGAUGGGAACCCAGACGAAACCGGGCCGCAAAAGCUCCACCACGUCCCCCGCGAGCAGCCCCACCCUUCCCUCCCCGGUGCCCAGGAAGAGCGGCUCGGCCCAGCCUCCCGCUUCUAAACCGGCCCGUGCUCUCCCUCCUUCCCUCUACCCCUCCACCUACGGGAAAGUCCUGACUGUGGAUCUGUACAGCGAGCCCAACCUCAGCUCGUACAACAGCCAGCGCAGAGAGAGAGAGAGAGAGAGGGAGAGGGAGAGGGAGAGGGAGAGAGAGAGGGAGAGUACCAGCAGCGUCAGUCCCACCACCAACAGACCCAUGUCCAGACCCAUGGCAACGUCAGCUGCGCCCAAGCCCGGUGCGUCAUCCACGCCCAGGCCCGCCUCUGCCUCCACACCCAAAACUAAACCCUCCUCGGACCAUCACAGCAGCUCCAGACCCAGCCUCGGCUCCGGGCUCAUUCCCAGCCCCAUCUCCCGGCUAUCAUCAGGCAAGCCCGGCUCUUCUCUCGCUCCCAGACCUUCAUCGUCGUCGUCAUCCUCAUUAUCAUCAUCGUCAUCGUCGUCAUCUGCCCCCAGACCCAAACUAAAGAUGCCGUCUGACCAGCUCUCCUCCAGCUCCAGAACCAGCUCCAGCUCCAGCUCCAUCUCCAGGCCCAAGCCCGGCCCGGGGCAGAGCGACGGGGGGUCGGCGGUGAGGCGGAAGUCCCUGUCAGCGGAGCCCCUCGUGAAGCUGGACCAUGAAGGUGUCACCUCGCCCAAGACCAAGAAGACCAAGGCCCUGAUGUUGCUAGAGGGUCGGGGCGUCAGACGAGAUCACGCCCCCAUCACCACGGCCUCAGCCAAUCAAAAGCUGCUAAAAGCUAAGCCGCGGGCUCCAGAGAGAGACUCCAGCCUGCCAGAGAAAGACUCCGCCUACAAAGCACCCAUGCUGCCUAAGGAGAAGACGGACAGCCGUGGAAGUGGAGGUAGAGGACAGGAGGUGGACGCCAGAGAGGAGAAAGUUAAAAAAGAAGAGAGAAAGGAGGUGGAGAAAAGAGAGGAGAGAAAGAUGAAAGAGGAGUCUCAGAGCAGCAGCAGCUCCGAGUCAGAGGAAGAAGGCGAGAAAGGGAAAAUGAAGAAAAAGAAGAAAUGCACCUCAAGCUGCUCUUCCUCCUCUUCAUCCUGCUCUGGUUCCUCCUCUUCCUCUUCGUCGUCGUCGUCCUCAUCGUCCUCCUCCUCCACCGACGACUCGUCCUGCAGCUCAGAUGAAGAGAGGACCCCCACGCCUCCGCCAGGCCCCGUCUCCCCGCCUCCGGCGCAGGACAAACCCAAAGAAGAGACGAAAGAGGAGGAGGAAGAGGAUGUGAAGACGGAGGCGGAGGUGAAAGUGGAGGAGGAGGAACUGUCACCUCCCUCAGAAUCUCCCUCCCCUUCGACCUCUCCGGCUCCCGCUGCUCCUGCUCCCGCUAAAUCUGGUAAACCGGCCACGGGGAAGGGCUCCGGGCAAAGGGGUCGCCCCCCGAAACCGAAGCCCAGUGGAGGAGAGGGGAAAGUGGGGAGACCAAAGCGGAGAGAGGGGGUCCACCUCCCCACCACCAAGGAGCUGGCUAAACGUCAGAGGCUCCCCAGUGUGGAGAACAGGCCCAAGAUCUCUGCUUUUCUUCCAGCCAGACAGCUCUGGAAGUGGUUUGGGAAACCCACUCAGAGACGCGGUAUGAAGGGCAAAGCGAAGAAGCUCUUCUAUAAGGCCAUCGUUCGCGGCCGAGAGAUGAUCCGCAUCGGUGACUGUGCCGUGUUCCUGUCCGCUGGUCGGCCCAACCUGCCUUUCAUCGGCCGCAUCCAGAGCAUGUGGGAGUCCUGGGGCAGCAACAUGGUGGUCAGGGUCAACUGGUUCUAUCACCCGGAGGAGACGAACCCCGGCAAGAAACUCACUGACAAGAAGAACUGGGAUCAGAUCUGCAGCCAGUCUUUACCAGCAGCUCUGCACUCGUCUAUCCAGAGGAAAGACUUCAUGGAGCGCGCCCUGUACCAGUCGUCUCACAGCGACGAGAACGACGUGCAGACGGUCAGCCACAAGUGCCUGGUGGUGAGCGUGGACGAGUACGAGCAGAUGACCCACACGCGCCGCUACGCCGACAGCGAAGACCUCUACUACCUGGCCGGCACGUAUGAACCCACCACUGGCAUGAUCUUCAACACCGACGGAGUCCCGGUCAUCUGCUAAACGCUACGAGUUGCUGAAACCAAAUUGUGAUCCGACUCACCAACCGUGGACCUCAGUAGGAGUCGAAACCCAACCCGUGGUCUCUCCAAGUCUAAUCACUGAUCUUCAGUCAUGAUGGAUCUUUUUCGCAGACGUGACUCGACGAACUCAACUGCUCCGAUUUACCAUGAUACACUUCGAGACGGACUGUCACGAACAGCUACUACUACAGAGACAGGAGACACUACAGACAGUAUUAAAAAAGGAACAAGUCUCCGGAAACAUUUGCACACACAGACUCCAUCGACACAAACUGUCGCACUCGUCGUGUUCAUGGGGAAAGUUUCACAACACGCGAGCGCUUCAGUCUCCUUUUACAUGUAAAUACAACUUACAUGAACACAGACACGUACUCAC